GUCUUCGUGGCCUAAUUCUCAAUAUAAAGAGUGUUGCGUCAGGCGAUUGUGUCACUGUCAAAAUUCUCGUGGGAUGGACGAAGACAAGAAAAAAAAGUUUCUCGGAUUGGGUGUUUACACGCCUGUCUGGYUGUUCUACUACUAUGUCUCCAAACAGUACGAUUAUGUAUACAGGAAUAAUUCAUCAAAUUAUGAGGCUUUCGUUAAUUUAAAACGCUUUGGUAGCUUCUAUUUUACUGGYUGGAAUUUUACUGCUCAAGUCUACUUUUUGGUUAUUGCAAUUAUUCACGAAUUGUCGCAUUUGCUGGGAAUCCCCCAAAAUGUGUCAAAGUAUUUCGGGUUGAUUCGUCACUACCUAUUCACUGCGAUUGUUUUCCCUUGUACAAUGAUGGUAUCAUUCAUGUUUUGGGGCUUGUAUUUAAUAGACCGCGAGUUGGUUUUUCCCCGAAGUUUGGAUAAAUUUUAUCCAUCAUGGAUGACCCACAGUGUUCACUCCUUUAUUAUUUUACCCAUCAUAGCCGAAAUUAAUCUCCCAAAGGAACACGGAUUUGAAAUUAUUGAUUUCUAUCACGCUGUGCCUGUACUCACAGCUUUUAUUAUCUCUUACGAAGUUUCAUUAAUAACUAUUUAUUUAGUAUAUGGAGUUUGGUUGUACCCCAUUUUUAAAUACUUGACGUGGUUACAAAGACUCUCUUUUUUGAUAAUAGUGUACUCAAUCACAGUUUUGCUCCUGUAUCUGGGAAUUUUUAUCCAACAUUUGAAAAAAUCGAAAAGAGUCAAAUUUGCGAACACAACUUAGAAUUAAUUUUUUUUUUAAUAAAGUGAAGAAAGGUUGAAGUCACUUCCACGGAAUUUUUAUUAUACUUGAAUGCGCAUUGAAACUAUUGUUUUAAAAACACUUGCUUAUUGAUGACUUUUUCCGAGAAGAU